CUCGUCGACAUCAAAACAGAUUCUCCGGUGGUUUAGCGAUGUGCGAACCACAUUGGUGGUGUAUCUAAAAACAUAUUGGCACUUCUUUAUAAAUUUACGGAAUUCAAUCUCACGUUUCUUUUUGUGUCAGUCUCACAAUUUUUCAAGAGAGAAAGACACUUAUUGAGAGCAAGAGAAGCUGUAAAACGAAGGAAAGAUGAAGGCGUUAGGGUGUUGGUUAAUGGUGGUUGGUUCUCUGAGACUAGCUUCUGUUUGGUUUGGUUUCUUCAACAUUUGGGCUCUUCGUCUCGCCGUCUUCUCUCAGACCACCAUGAGUGAAGUUCAUGGACGUACAUUCGGAGUAUGGACACUCUUGACCUGCACUCUCUGCUUUCUUUGUGCUUUCAACCCCGAAAACAAACCAUUAUACUUGGCUACCUUUCUAUCAUUUAUCUAUGCCUUAGGCCAUUUUCUGACAGAAUACCUCUUUUACCACACGAUGACCAUCGCAAAUCUCUCAACUGUGGCCUUCUUUGCAGGCACAUCAAUUGUGUGGAUGCUCGUGGAGUGGAAUUCCCUUGAACAACCGCACACCAAACUUUCAUGAUGUUACUUGUUAAUCCGAAUGCCUGCAACUGAGUCUUUCUCCUUUUAAACUUUUCUAAAAGUUGGAAUCAUCUGUGAGUUUUUGCUCGAUUCCUAAAGCUGUUGAUCACUGUUUCAUCUCAAUCUUUUUUUACAUCUUUGAUGGAGUCUUGAACCUGAUAUCUGGUCCGAUUGAUGUAUGAGAAUACUAUAAACUCAUGGAUUUUCACUGCUUUUGAAACAGAGAUUUGAAUUUAGUGUAUUAAUACAUUUAGUA